AUGGGGCCGCGGAAGUGGCAGAGAAGAUGCAUAUGGCUGAUCGCCUUCCCACUCUUCCACGUGGAGGCCAAACGGGCAGCCGCAUUCAUAGAGGAUGCCUUCGAAGUUGAAAGCCUCUCGUCCUACGUGGUUUUUCUCCAAACGAGGCUGCACAGCGAGCCACCUCGUACAGAAGCGUCGCGGAAGCCUUCUGGAGGCGCUUUGGCCAACGGCUCUGCAGAAUUGAGGUCCAUGACGAUCCCGAAACGACCAAGUCACAGCAGCCAGCACAGCGCUGUCGCCGGAGCUGGGGUGCACCCGGCUUCUCAUAAUGCAUCACAAGCCUUGGUUCACACAGGGAACCACAGCAACAUAUCCAAGCAAACGUCUUCCUCGAAUACAUUGGUCAACAAGACGGGUGACGGCUUUCGACACGGCUACAUGCGGGACGAGGAGUUUGACUUAUGCGCAAAGUGUUCCGAAGGACGGUGGCUCAGGUACAGCAAUGACAGAGCCAACGUAUUCAUGGUUGCAGAGCAUCGAAUGGCGACCUUUUUUUCGGGCAUGCUAGCAGGCGGCAUCACACAGGAUGCCCUUUCAUUCAACGGCAUCGGAGACCGACACAGUGGAGCAGGGUCCCAGCAGCACUCACCCAGAGCUUCCUCUGCCCUCCCGGGAGAGUCUGCCCAACCUGCAUCGUCCAAGGCAUCGGAGGGCCCAUCGGAGAGAAGCGACCGAAGUUGUCAAGUGUUCUGGAACCCGUAUGUCGACAGCGACAGUGAGAUUGCGAGCACCUACUCGCGGUCCGAGUCUGGGGACGUUCCGUCACAGCCACCACAGCCUUUUUUUUCUCGUCCUGGCAACCUUCCAGAGCAGGCUCCUGCCAGGCCGCCUGGCAUCUGGACGAAGCCGACGCAAACGGGGUCGCUCGAAGGCGAGCCCAAGCUGUCCAGUGACAGGCCCCCGACAACAGCUCCAUCCCGGCCGCCAGGAGUCUUCCAUGCGCGACCUUCCUCCAGCAGCACAUUCAACUUGAAUGCUCCAGAGUUCGUCCCUCAAGGGCACGCAGCAAAGAGCGAGCCGCCGGAAGCCAACAAG